CCUCCAAGCCAUGGAAGCUGUUUCCUUGGCUUCCUCCUCCUCCAAUUCUUCCCGUUCUCUUCUACGAACCCUAGUCUUCCAAUGUCCCCAGAGGCUCAGGUUAACUCACUGGUGGUCGCUUCCCUCUAAUGGAUUCUCUUAUCAGGAGAAGCUUUCCACCGAGAGGGGAAGGCUGGUGGUCGCAGGGGCUAAGAAGAGAAAAGAGAAGCCCGAUUCCCACAGCUUCGUUCCUAAGCCGGACGAGGCCACCGGGCCGUUCCCUGAAGCCAUCCUUCUUCAAAAGAAAACAAUAAAGGAAGAUGGUAGAGUUUUACCUGAAUUUGCAGAUGCUGAAGAAGAAAAGCUCUAUGAGUUUCUCAAGCUUCAGCUAGAGAGUGAUUUAAACGUUGAAAGAGUGCGUCAUUAUGAGGUGGUUUAUUUAAUUCAUGAAGAUCAUGUGGAUGAGGUUGAAAGUGUCAUAUCAAAAGUGCAAGAUUUUAUCAGGGAGAGAAAAGGAAGGAUUUGGAGGCUGAACAAUUGGGGCCUUAGGCGACUUGCUUAUAAAAUAAGGAAAGCAAAGAAUGCCAACUAUAUUUUGAUGAACUUUGAGCUAGAAGCCAAAUUAAUCAAUGACUUCAAGAGCAUGCUGGACAAAGAUGAACGGAUCAUUCGGCAUCUUGUGAUCAAGCGUGAUGAGGCAAUCACAGAGGACUGUCCUCCCCCACCGGAGUACCACACCAUACGUGCUCAACAGGGCAUGCUGGAUGAGGAAUAUGAAGAUGAUGAGUUUGAUGGUGAAGGUGAAGACUGGGAUGAUGAGGGUGAGUUGGAAGUAGCUGGUGAUGCUGACAGUGAUGAUGUUGAUGAGGGUGAUAAUAUUAUUAUUGUUGGCAAGGAUGACAAGGAUGAUAGAAAUGAUGGUGUGAGUAGAAAAGCGAAAACAUUAAAGGCUGAGAAGAUAGCUCGGUAGUCCAUUUAUCUUAGUGUAUUGCUGCUCUUGUUCAGUUUUCUUCUGUGAUAAAGUUUUUGUACGUUUGAACCAGAUGACUAGAAAUACAUGCAUCAAUGUGCAUCACCAAAUGGUUGGAAUAAGAAGUAUUUACAGUAUUUGAUCCAAGAUACAAAUAUGGGUAAUAUUGUUAUUUAAACAAGGUGUGGGUUGUCUUAAAUGCUUUAGCUAAUCUAUAUAGCUUAUAUUAAA